UCAGGCCUGGCGACUUUUAACUCUACCUUGACUAGGUGUAGUCAAGGCAAUGUUAGGGGCAUCAAGGAGUGGAAUACAGGUGCUAGGAUGGACAUCCAAUUUGACAGUACAUUCCAGCCGGUAGGGGAUCAAGAUGCCUCCUUGAAUGGCCAACUUGGACAGAUAGUGCGUAACGGCACCAAAUUCCCCUCACAUAUGGAGAUAUCGACUCAAAACUCUUGCAAUUGGGAGCCUCGUGGCCCACCUCUUACGAUGGGGCAGACACACUUCUCGCAGAUACAACAUCAAGACGGGUAUAAUUGGCAACUCUUUGACAAGCCCGAGUCCCUCCAGGCGACACAACUUGGGUAUUUUCAGACAUAUGGGGGAGAUGCGCCUCAGAGUGCAGUGUACAGACAUGGUGUGGGCUGCAAUUUAUCCCAAUUACAACUUGAGCAACACUAUUCCUCUGGAUCUGUAAUAAAGAAGAAGAAGAAGAAGAAGAAGAAGAAGAAGAAGAUGACAGAGAAAUUCUUAUCUCCAGCAAUCAGGGAGAAGCUGCGAGACCAGUUUUGUCAGCUUAAGCAGACUCUACACAAAGAUGUGAUUGAUGUUGUGAAACCAAUAGUUGCUCUUGAAACAGCGUGCUACAAUGGAGGUUAUUCAGUGGAUGACUUUAUGGAAUACAUUCAAGGAUGA